AUUUAAAUGACCGCAAAACAGUGAAAGCGUGAUUUCCAGGUCUGACGUCACGGUUCAGUCCAGUUUCACUAAAUCCUCUAAUGUUUUUUGUUUGGAGCUGUGGCUAAUGAUUUCAAAUGUGAACAAGAAAGCAAACAGUUAAUUAAGGCUCCUCUAUUCGCGUAUUUACGGCAGACGGAUCUUCCAAUCCCGCAGCGCUCUCUCCUGCCUGCGGUCACAGCUUGUUGCCAGAACUUCAGUAACGCGGAGACGCCGGAUUUCUUUCUUAUUCAUUCAUGCUCUGCGGCUUUUUCAUCAUUUAUUUUACAUUUAUUAUUGCAAAGCAUCACGCUGUUCUGUAGUCUUCUUCCAAAUCCAUCUGUCCUGAUUUAGGCUGUUUUUUUUUCUGUGGAUCGUCAGAGAGCACUGAUCCAUCAGCCGACGUUAAGACCUUUGGGCUUUAAGGAUAAGAUUCUUAUUUAUAAACAGUUAUAUAACCAAGUGAACGGGGCCAUAGGCGUUUUACGCACACGCCGUUCCUGGAUGUCAGACUUCUUAUUAUCUAUAUUAUAACAAUAUUCUGUUGUAGCAAGCCAGUUCCUGUCCGUGUUCAUGCCAGAUCUGCAGCGAUUCAGUUUUCCAUACCAUAGCAUGAAUCCUUUGUUGGGGGCCAACGCGCAUCUCCAACAGCAUCCGCAGCAGAACCAGGCGCCCGGACACCCGGACUCUCCCUCAGGUCUCCUUCCCGACGCUGUUUUCGGUGCAUCGGACGAGGCUUCCCUUCUGCUGGGUGAGCAGCCCGGCUCGGGGCCUGAGUUCACCGCACCCUCGCAGUCUUCAACUUAUCUCCAUCACAGCAGCCACUAUCAGCACCGCCCUGUGCCGCAUCCCCCUGCUGCGAUGGCUCUCAGAAACGACCUGGGCUCCAACAUCAGCGUCCUCAAAACUCUCAACCUGCGCUUCAGAUGCUUUUUGGCUAAAGUGCACGAAUUAGAGCGCAGAAAUAAGAUUCUGGAGAAGCAGCUACAGCAGGCGCUGGACGCCAACAAGGGCUGCAAAGGUGGAUGCUGUGAGAACCAAGCGCACACCCAGGAGGUAAGCGUGCAGACGGGAUUUGUCGGAACGAUACAGCUUAGGCCCGGCUCCCUGCCCUUCCACAACACCAACAACUCGGCCAGGAGGCCUACGACACUGUUCACAACGCCUCUCGCGCCUGCCCUGCCACCUGCAGCCUCUGAAAACUCGAGUGCAACACAAACAAAUGCCGCUUGCAACCCAGCCAUCACCAUCAGCCUAUCCUCCCCCCGUGUGGACUCCCCGGGAUCUGGCUCUAAAACGGGAACUAACAACAGCACAGGUCCGGGAGCCUCCACCAACCCUCCUCCACGGUUCCUUCCGGGCACAAUCUGGUCCUACAACCACACCCGCAAGUUCGGCCCCGGUGCCGAGCGUCUGACCAGCCCAGGAGUAUCCUGGGUGCACCCGGAUGGAGUUGGUGUCCAGAUUGACACCAUCACCCCCGAGAUAAGAGCCCUGUACAAUGUCCUGGCUAAAGUGAAGAGGGAGAGAGAUGAGUAUAAACGCAGAUGGGAAGAGGAAUACACUAUGAGGAUGGAUCUGCAACAGAAGAUUGCAGACUUACAGGAGGACCUGCAGGAGAGCGAAGGCUGCCAGGACGAGCUGGUUCGCAGGGUCCAGCAUCUGAAUACGGAGCUGGUUGUCUUCAAAGGGCUCCUGAGCAAUAAUUUGUCAGAUUUGGACAGCAAAAUCCAGGAGAAAGCGAUGAAGGUGGACAUGGACAUCUGCCGCAGGAUCGACAUCACUGCUCGCUUGUGCGAUGUGGCCCAGCAGAGGAACUGUGAAGACGUCAUCCAAAUGUAUCAGGUUCCUAAUAACCAACCAUCGCUAAACUGCCGCCGUAAACAAACCCCUCUGUCCUUUAAUGGGAGUGAGUGUGACGAGCCCGUCAGCACCUCCGAAAGUGACGGAGCAGUGGUUAAAGAUGAGGAGCACUGUGGAUCUGCUGCUAAUCAGAUCAAUGAGGAGAUGCAGAGGAUGCUAAACCAGCUGCGUGAAUGUGAGUUUGAGGAUGACUGUGACAGUCUAGCGUGGGAGGAGACUGAAGAGACGCUGCUGCUUUGGGAGGAUUUCCCAGGAUGCACUUUGCCUCCAGAUCCCACCCACCCACCGGGAGAGCAGGAGGACUGUCUGGAAAAGGUGAUUAAUGACACCGAAUGUCUUUUCAAAUCUCGAGAGAAGGAAUACCAAGAGACCAUUGACCAAAUUGAGCUGGAAUUGGCCACAGCUAAGAGCGACAUGAACCGACACCUGCACGAGUACAUGGAGAUGUGCUCGAUGAAGAGAGGCCUGGAUGUUCAGAUGGAGACCUGCAGGAGACUCAUCACACAGAGCGAAGACAGUCCGUCUGCUGUGCCUCCACCCGCUGAGGAGAGUGAAGCGAGAGAAAACGACAAGCCGUCGGUAUCUCCACCUUCUUCCUCGAGCAAUGGGAGAACAUGACACAUGCUCACUCCAGCGUUAACAGCGGCUGUGGUCACACGAUCUCAAGUGCAUCCAUGACCACACCGAUACAAUGGGCGCUGACUACGUGACUACGGCAACACCAUGUUUACGUACUUGUUUGACGAGUCAUUUCUUUUUCUGGACACUUUGGAAAGCGAGAUGGAACUGACUGAGCGAGGAAGUCUGUCAUUGCGCUUCAUUUUGUGACGAUUCAGUAGGUUGAAGGACCUAGGGUCAGCUGACUGUAAGUGUGGUUACAGGAAGACAUAGCAUGACUUAUUCAUUCUACACAAACGGACACGAGCUAAAACAAGGAUAAUGUAAGCAUCCUCCUCUCUGAUCUGCUUUUAUGGUCACUGAAGCUCUAAAAGUUAAAGUCACAUUUACAGGAAUAUUUCCAGGAAACAAUGAAGCUUCAGUCUUAAAAUAAUAUAACACUGAAUUUUUGAAUUUAAAUCUUUAUCCACACAUGUAGGUUUAAUAAAAACCCGCGAGAGAGCAUUUUAGUGGCUUGCAGCUGCAUUAACUGUUCACCAUAUCUCUUGCAUAAACGAUAAUAGAAUCACAGGCAAAGCAAACCUGAGGCAAUAAAUGAAAAGUUAAAGAUACAGAAGAAAAUCAGAAAAACGCAAACAUUAUGUGCAUUUUUACUGGAGCAACAGAGUUGAGUCUUUGACUACCAACAGGCCUCCUUCCAAUAAAGUGAGGUGUUUUCUGGAUAACAAGGGAAAUGUAUGUAAAAACCUUAAAACUUCAAGUCAUUUCAAAGUGAUUUGAAAAAAUAACUAAAAUCCUGAGAAGUUGCUCUUCAGAUCUGUGGUGUUUUGUGUUCCUAAGCCUUAAAUCAGAUGAUAUAAGAGUUGCUUUCUAUUCUUCUCCUGAAGCCCUUGAUCAAAUAUAACAGGAGUUAAUUGGGAAAGUUGAAUGUCACUCCUCUCACUCGGAUGCCUCCAGUUCAGAAAGUGUACAUGUGUUCGCUUUGAGGACCACAUUGUUUGAAAAAUGGCAGUAAUAUGUUGGCUAUAAGUUGAAACCUGUGGGCCUCCUGGCAGAUUUUUCAUCAGGAUUUUUAUGACAAAUUCUUAAAUAUUUUGAAAAAACGUAAAAAUUUGUAGUCGUCUGACCACUUAGCUGGUCGAUUUGGUGCAAGAAGACUGUUUCUAUAAUGAUGUGGGAGAAGAUAUGCAUUGACAAAGAACAAUUAUACAGAAUUUAGUCAAGGAUAACAUGGCAAAAGCAAACAGUCCAAACAACGAAAUCAAGAUUUUGGCCUCCGUAACCUGCGAGCUACAUCUGUUACACAGCAGAGGCUGAUUUGUUCCUUGAUUCAUUUGGACACAUUCGUUUACCCUAAAUCUGUAAAUAAACGGCCGAAUUAGCUUAUAUUUCCUGUGCAGGUGCAGAAACUUUUAAUAAUAAUACAACAUAGUCACCGUAGUAAGUCGCAUGUCUAUAUCACCAUCGUUUUGGUGUCAGCCUUAAGCAGACCAAACCACCCUGCUGUUCACAGAGAGUUCACACAUUGAUCAUCUUGACGAUGUUGGAGCUCCAAUCAUUUCAUAUGAGUCACAUCUGAAAUCCCACAAACACCGUAGUCUGCUUUGAACUUUGUAGUUUUCAGGAAAGGUGAGGGAGCAAUGACCACAGUGUUGGCAGGAGGUUGUUUUUUUUAGUUUUGAACGUAACCGUAGUCUCUGUCUGUUGCACUUCAAAGACCAACUAAAGUACUGGAUGAUAGAGUCACUCAAGGGUCAUGUAAGUGUUGUUAAUAAUCUUUAUUUUUUUUUAGCAGCAAUGCUUAUUAUUAUAGAUUAGAGUGAAGGCUGUAUCUUUGAGUAAAGCUGCAUGGUUGAGCAGAAUCACUUUGAGGAUAGUGGAAAAACAAAAAGGCUGUCAUGUAAUAAUGUAAGUUAGUCACCGAGUGCCAAAAUAAUAUUUAGAUUGUGAAUCAACAGGAAAUUGCUUUAAAAAAAGACUAAACAAGCUAUUUCACCAAGGUGCUUGAUGUAUAGAAGUGAACCUACGUUUUGCACAUAGAAAAGAAGAGCAAAGCAAAACUGUACCAUAAGAAACAAUCAGUAGUCUAACCUGAAAAACAAAAUAUGCUGACCUGCUGAAAACGGACGAUUUGUUCUAUUUAGUUUUCCUUUCCUUAUGAAAAAAAAUGUCGUUGGUGAACGCAUCGCAUACCUCAUUUUUACUUUAGUUAUGUCUAUUGGCAUAUUUAACCCACAUGUUCCUUCGUAGGAAAACACAUACAGCGCACAGCUGUCAGGUGGACGCCCCCUCCAUCACAACUCUAUUAUCAGACACUGUUUUAAAUGGUGUUGUUUCUUCUGUGUAGAUGAACCAGGUGCAGGAGGGUGCAGUUUAGCUCAUGCAUGUGUUGCAGUUGUAAUCAGCUGAGCGCCAUUCUGAAAAGAUCAGGCGUCGGGUGCAUUGUUAAAGGCAUAAAACUCCGUCUCUCUUUGUACCGUUACACUUUAACGCACUGAGUGAAUUUAUGUGUAUGCAUGUGUCAGUGUGUAUGUUUAUGGGCCUUCUGUCUGACCAGCGAGAUGCGCAACAUUAAGAAGGAUCAAACUGUAAAAUCUCAUAUUGUCUCAAGCAGUUCAACGCCAACAAAAUGACUUUUGUGUUUUCAUGGUGACCACGUGAAAAAUUCAGAAUCUGAUGAUCAUCUAGGUUUUCUUUCCCAGUUACGCUGUUUCUUUAUGAGUGUAUGCCAAGUAAAGUCAGUGUAAAAAUAUCUCAGUUCAGGAAGAUGAACGGAAAUGCAAAUGCUUUUGUGAAAUGAUGGCUUUGAUAUUAUAUGCAUAACAGAAAUAUAGCUUUGAAUAUAUAUUCGUGUUUAAAGAACAGAGCUGAAUGAAGACUCCACGGUGGAAAUGAUGGCAGAUGAGAGCUAAAGAGUUUUUGUUUUCUGUCUUCACACAACAGAAAAACUUAUUUACCAAAUUUUUUAAAGAAAAUUAUUCCACAGAGUCAGAACUAUUGAUCUAAAAUCCAAAUGUGUGACUUUGCAGCUUUAAACAUCAAGAAAAAGUAACUUUGGCUGGAAAAGGCUUCACUGCAGAGCUGCUGUAUGUAAUAUGUCGAGAGACGCUGGAUGAAUGAAUAAAAGAUGCAACUGA